AUGAACGACGACGGCACGCUGAAAUUCGACGACGACGAGCUCCCGGACAACCUCUUCGACGCGGUGAACACCGCGGCGAUCGCGACCGACGAGGCCAUCGCGCAGGGUUCGCUCGGGAACCUCGUCGAGCUGCGCAUCCCGGAGCUGUGGGACCCGAUAUCCGGGAACGUCAUGGCCGAGGCCGGCGACCAGCUCAAGGUGUGGGAGAUCACGCGCGAGUACACCCGCGCGCUGUGCGAGCGGUUGGGCCCGGACGCGAGGGUGAAGGCGGUCUUCCCGGACGCGGGCGCCGCGGCGAUGCUCGCGGCGCGGUGGCCCGACGCGCCGUUCGCCAUCGCGUCCGCGAACGACCGCAAGCUGUACGACGACGCCGACGAGGUGUUGGUCUUCGCCGCGCCGGACCCGCCAUCGUUGGAGUCUGUGAUGAAGGCGUCGAAGAUCGCGAACGAGAACGGCGCGGCGGUGGUGUUGAUCAACCCGCGUCUGGCGUCCGGGGACGCCGGCCUCGGGUUGAACUUUCGCCGGAUGCGAGAGAACUUUUUAGGACGGAUGACGGUCGUGUACGCGCUGCAGCCGCUGCCGUGGUGCAACGGGUCUAUUUUCAAGCGGUUCCCCGGGCAGUGGAGGCUGUACCUCGAGGACGAGGCCAGACCGGGGAGGUUUAAGCUCGUGAAGGAGUCGUACCAGAGGCUCGCGGGGGACGAGCUCGACGACGUCGUCAUGGCGGAGUUCCGACCGAAGGGAGAGGACGGCGAGGAGAUCGAGGCGGGGGCGGUGGAGAAGGUGUUCGGCAUCGUCGCGUCGAUGCAGCGGUUCAUGAACUCGCUGAGGUGA